AUUUCAACAAGACUUAUGCUGUAAGCACAAACAAAAAAAAUGACGCUUUCUUUUUCUCAGGAAUUGCAUUGGCAGACAUUAUGAGCUUGACGCAGUCAUCGUGUCCCGCUGUGCGUCGCCCGGACCGUUUGGGUCUGUUGAAGACCAGCUACUAAGAUACAAUGACUACAAGAAACGGAGCUUCAUUUUCUAUGAUUGAUUACAUUUUCAAAAAUGACAUCACCUCCCUUUCAGUGACAGACGCUCACACCACAAGCACACUCUGAUGACUUUACUACAGUCAUGCUCACAGCACUCUUGCAUCUUAGGCGGCGUUUGCAAAUCCUUCACUCUUGCGGUAACGGCGCCGGUUUAAUUCCUGGGGAGCUGUCUGCGUGGAGUUUGUAUGUCCUUCCCGUGUUCACAUGGGUUUGCUCAGGGUACCUACCUGACGCAUGUCCUUACCUGUUGGCAAAAGUGCACCGCUCAUUUCUGCAUUGGCCCUCUCUGUGCUUGGGCCCUGGUGUGGAAGACUCUGCGCCCAGCGAGGGAGUUCCCAUCAUGCCUCUGGACAGAGGAGACGCUGACUGUCUGCAGUCCCAGACGCAGAGAUCCUUGGUCUUCUGGGGCCUGAAGAUCAAGAAGAAGCUGAAGGCCGUUCCGUUCUUGGGGAAGGUCCGACCGACAGUGGGGCUGUGCUGCCACCAGUGCACCCCUGACAGCCUGGGCUUGAAGCUCCUGCGGUCAUCCCCCUUCCUGGGCUUUAGGAACAUCCUCUGCGUGAACGAGAGUCUCACCAGGUACCGGGGCUGGCUGGUGCGGAGGGUGUGUUGUGUGCUGUUCGUGGGGCAGUGCAGGGUGUACCCCAGCCCUAGAGGAGACCGGGCACCCAGAGUGAUCAGCAGCAGCAGGGUACAGAAGGCGUUGACCCUAGGAGGGCCAGGAGAGGGCGCUGUGGCCAGCGAUGGCAGCUCUGCUGGUCUGCUGGAGUGUGGAGAGGCCAGGAGGAGGCAGGCUGAGCACAUGCUGGCCACGGUCAACACCUCCAUCUGCCCAUGGCUGUUACGGUUGGUCGCCUGGCUGCUCUUGAAGCUCCUCGGCAGGGUGUUCUGCAGCGUCCAGGUCAAUCUCAACCAGCUGGAGGCUCUCGGCAGGGCUUCAGAACGGGGCCCACCUCUAGUGCUGGUCUCAGUCCACCGCUCCAGCCUGGACUAUAUAUUCAUACCGUUGGUCCUGUUCUGCCAUGGCCUGAGAGUCCCGUAUACUAUCUGUGAGGAGAGCUUGGAAAGCACCUGGCUCAGCACCCUGCUCUCUAGUCUCCUGAACUGUUCCGAUCUCAGGGCAGUUCUUCAGAAACUGGGUGUGAUCCUCCCUCCCCACCAGCCGGUCGGCGCUGAGGGAUCUGUGACUGACAGCCUGUGCAGAGAGAUCAUGGCCUCCUACGUCUGUGAGCUGCUGCAGGAGGGCGAGAGUGUGCUGAUCUUCCUGGAGGACCCGAGCCCCACGUCGCGCCGCCCCUCGCCCCCCAGCGCGCUGCGGGUGGCCCAGGUCCGCCAGGCCGCGCGGUCCGGCGCCGUGCCCGAUGUCAUGCUGGUGCCCGUGGGCGUUGCCUACGACUGCGUGGGUCAGGAAACUGGCACCUCCGGCGUGCAGAUUACUGACAAAGAGAGGUUAACCUGUGUGGUUGAGGAGCUGUAUCUUUCCUGGGUCCUGCCCCCUGCCUACUGUCCAGACCUGUCAGAGCCUCAGCGCCAUCAAGUGAUCAGCCUCACCACACACCUGCUGCACUCGGCGUCUUCCUGCACACCUGUGAUGUCCACCUCCCUUCUCUCCUGUCUCCUGCUUCACAAGCAUCGCAAGGGUGUGCGCCUCUCCCAGCUGUGCAGGGAUUUCUCCUGGCUGCUCGAGGAGGUCCUGUUUCGGAAUUGGGACGUAGGAUUUGGGGGUUCCCUGGAGGAGGUGCUGUGCCAUGCCCUGUCACUCCUGCGGGACAGCCUGAUCGUGGGGUACCCCCCCUCCCAGAGGAAGGACCCCCUCCUCGCUCCCCGUCCCUGCCCCCAGGCCGUAAUGACACUUUCCCGCCACAGUGAGGCGCUGUGCAGUGUCUUCCGCCUAGAGGCAGUGGGAGCCUGUGCUGUGAGUUCCAUGCUGUCGGAGGCGGUGCUGUGUGCCAAUGAGAGUGAGAUGGAGUUUGACGUUUCACUGUGCCAGGAAGAGCUGACUGAGAGGGCCCUGCAGCUCUGCCACCUGCUGCCCGACAUCAUCCUACCCCCAUGCCAAUCUGCACAGAGUUUCGCUAUGGACGCAGUGGACAGCCUGGUGCACUGUGGGAUUCUUGUCAUGGAAGAGUCGUCCAGAGAUCGGCCGGUGUGUGACCUGUUGCAGCAGCGUGACGCACUGCGCUGGAAAUCGGUGGACGAGAUGGAGUACAGCGACUCAGACUGUGAGGACAUGUCCAAUCCCCGCUGCUACAAGCUCAGCCAACCCAGCCAGUGUCCAGAGCUGCUGUUUUUCCUGUGCAGGUUGCUGAGUGCCCAGCUGAGGGCGCUGUGCUGGGCCACUGAGGCCCUGCCCCUGCUGCACCUCCCACUCCCAGAAGCCCAGUGUAUCGCGCAGCUGCACGCAGUCCUGUGCGACAGAGCCCAGACGGCGAGGGAGUACUAUGAAAGUGCCUCUCUGGAACUGACUGCAGCUGCAAUCCAUACCUUCACCGACCUGGGCGUCCUGUGUGUAGAGUCUGGGAAGGGUUUGGGACUCCGUACAGAAUUCCAGCAGAAGAAGAAUAGGGAGAUGCUCCACAGCUUCAUCAGCCAGUUCCUGUUCAGCUACCUGCAGUGAGGCCUCCGAAUCCCUAGGGGGCAGCCUUACCUGUUUCUGAUGCCUGUGAGCGCCUGCUGUUCUUUCCGGUUGCUCAGACUGGGUUGCUGCUCCGCCCAGAUCCAGGUUUAAGACCCGUUCAAACACGGGGAGGUCCCUGUAGGUCACAGCGAACAGCUGUACAGCGUUUCCAGAUUGAGUGAAGAUGUGUUUAUUUCGGGGGGGGUGUUCCUAUAUGAUUAUUUUUAAUUGGAAUAUUCUUCCCGUUAACAUCCCAUCCCGUCCCAUCCAUGCUGGAAGCAGUUGUCCGAGAGGCUCUCGGAGCAGUUCCACAGGUGACGAGGGCAGUGUCCAUGGCAGGAGACACUUGAACGUCCUCCUGUUCGGCCUGUGAGUGCAGCACAUGCAGGGCCUGCAGCAGACAGCCGGCUCAGUAAGGUUUGACUGAGGGACUCUGAAGGAAUAACUGACAGUACUGACGGCAGGCAGGAUGUUGUUCACUAUAGGAAAGCGACUCCCCAGUUCAGGUUCCCGCUUUUAGUUUAGAUUUAAGAUUCUUCGGCUCUUCCGGUAUUUGUCCUCUGGCAUCGUUAACGUCCAGGAAAAUGUUUACACAAAAGCUUCAAAGAAGCCUCACUCUGGUUGUUGUUUUUUUCUUGCCAUGAUUCUUGUUGGGCUUUGAAUAUUGAGAAUGUUUACAAUUAUAAAAUUUAAUUGCAAUAUCAGUGACUUAGUAUGGGACUGUCUCUCCCAAAUCCAAGACUCGUCGUAGCUAAAUCCUCAGGGUACGCCGGUCCCAUUUUGGCUGGCGAUGGUUACUGCUCAGUGAUGCACAGACACGCUCGUUAAUUCAUCUCAUUCGAGCCAGCUCGUUAAUUCAUUAGCUUGCUAGAACACGCUCACAUGUGCUCUUUAAUUUGAGAAUUAACACACACACAGAAACACUUGAUGCACUUGUGGUCUGCGAGGAGUACGUAUGCCUUGUGCUUGAUCUUCAUUUGGGGAAGUGAAUUUUCACCCUCAGUCCUGUGUAUAAACAGACAGUGUAGGUUUGAAGUGCAUGACCUACAGCUAAUGUGUAUUGUUGAUAACUUUUUGAGGGAGUUUUCCUGACCUUUUUAUUUUGCAUUUUGUUCCUUUGUUCUUGAACCUGCUUGCUGAAGGGAAAUGGCAUGCACAUUUCUGUAUUGAGAAGUACUCUCGUUUUGAGAGGUUUAAAGAUAGUUUGUGGACAAGGGUGUAUUAGUGGGCCCAUAUAAUGGUUUUGAUUUUCAGUUGUGUUCAUAUGGUUCACUGUUAUUUCAAUAAAGGACUCUACUUGCAUGAUAAA